AACAGUUUAUACCUAAAUAUGUGCCUAACCCUAACCACAUCUCAUUUAAAAGACAAAUUCUUCAGACUAUUGUAGUAACAUUAACAUUCAUACUGUAAAACUGAUAUUCACGUUAACAGUUUUAAUAAUACUGUUUAUCGACGUCUAUCAGCUGUCUUGCAAUGAAAGAAUGAAUGUAUCAUCAGUGCUGUGGAGGACUCACACACGCCCCCUACUGAACAACACGCACUACUUCCACUCACUUCACUAGGAACAUGACUAUGUUCUUUGCUAAACUGUAUCAUGGUAAUUUGCCAUAACAUAGUUACUACAGUUAUUGCUGCUACUGUAAAAUUAUAAUAAAUAUAAAUUAAUAAUAUAAUGAUAUAAAAUGCAAUACUUUAUUUCUCAUACCAAGUUACUAAUGUUACUGUAGUAAAACUGAUAUUUUGGCAGUGACAAAGAGACUUUAAAAAGAGAAUGUAUUUUAAGGGAAUCUAACUUGAGCUACAGAAAAAGUGAACUGUCACAAAACUAAAUAUUCUAAUUAUUAUGUAUAUGUAUGUAUGAUGUAGAAAUUUUCCUGAUAUGUGUAUAAACGGGUCCCUCAAAAGUAGAUCAAUUAAACAUACUGUGUAGCACCUGUCGAUCAUUGGACUUUGUCUUGCAGAAGCAUUCUAAUUUAUGACUACCUAUCCACUAACGUGUACCUAAUGUAUUCUAACAUUUAUUUAACAUGUAACACUAGACUCGGCCCCUGCUGCUCAGGGUUAGACUGCUGCCCCUUAAGAUGGGACAUAGGACAAAGGGUAAUGCUAUAAGAAUAACACGGCUGAUUAUUACUACCCCUGUCAAAUUUACUUCGCUUUUGCAUAAGAGUACACAUAGCAUUUUUUAGUAUCUCAAUUGUAAAUAUUCAUGUUCAGAUCAUGUUUCAUUUUCUGUUUUCAAAUUUUAAGUUGCAUUAAGCCACAUCUCAGGAUAAAAACAAGCUCCCCUCACAUGUUUUUUCUUCUUCAGUAAACUGGCCUGCUGAGUGCAAAAACCACUAAUCAACAAACAAUGUGUGUGGUGCAAUCAAGGUUAGCUUGUGGUGGGAGAGUGUGUCUCACUGCGUGCUGAAAUGGCUAUGGCAUGACUUUUCACCUGACUUUUCAUUAACGUCAUCAGUUGCUGCCAAGAAAGCUGAUGUGACUGCUGCAUGAGGGCAAGGUGCCCUGCUGAUGAAGCUGCUCCUACUAAUGCUCCAGCUGAGGCUGCUCCUGCUGAAGCUGCACCUGUAGAAGAGCCACCUAAACCACCAACACCACCUCCUCCAGCAGUGCCCACGAGUGCCCCUCAGAGCCUCAGCGUGGAUGAUAUCAAUGAUACCUCAGUUACUCUUAAGUGGAGAUCCCCAGAGAGCAUUGGCUCUGGACUGGAUGGAUACAUUGUGGAAUACUGCAAGGAAGGAUCUUCUGAAUGGGUGGCUGCCAAUACCGAACUCACCACGUCCAACCGGUUUGUCAUCAAUGGCCUGACAACCGGAGACCUACUUAACAUUCGUGUGGUGGCCGUGAAUGCCGGAGGACGCAGCGAGCCCGUCACCCUGCCUCAGCCCGUCCCCGUCCGUGAGAUUGUGGAUCGGCCCAAGAUCCGCAUGCCCCGUGCCCUGAGGUCAAGACACGUCAAGCAUGUUGGCGAACAGAUCAAUCUUGUUAUCCCAUUCUGUGGCAAACCUAAACCUGUGAUAUCUUGGACCAAGGAUGGCCAGCCUUUGGAUACGAAGAAGGUAAAUAUCCGCAACAGUGACAAGGAUAGCAUCCUGUUUAUCCGCAAGUCUGAGAGAGAUGACUCUGGCCGCUAUGAGAUGACCGUGAAGGUCGACAGCUUCGAGGACAAGGCUACCCUCGUAAUUCAGAUUGUCGAUCUGCCCGGUCCUCCUGCAUCUGUCAAGCUAGUCGACUCUUGGGGCUUCAAUGCAGCUUUGGAAUGGACCCCUCCCAAAGACAAUGGCAACACUGAGAUCACUGGAUACACCAUUCAGAAGGCUGACAAGAAAACUGGAGAGUGGUUCACGGUUCUCGAGCACUUCCACAGGCUGAACGCUACCGUCUCGGACCUUGUGAUGGGAAACGUAUACACCUUCAGAGUUUUUGCCGAAAACAAGGUUGGAAGGAGUGAGACUGCUGCUGUAACAAAAGAUGCUGCUCAUAUUCAGAAAACAGUCCCGGCUGAGGUUGUUGUCCCCUGUCCUGUAGGUAUUGUCUACAAACCACCAGAGUACAAGGAGCACGAUUUCAGCGAGGCUCCCAAGUUCACAGCUCCCCUCAGCGACAGAGCUGCCACUGUGGGCUACACCACUAAACUACUGUGUGCAGUCCGAGGCAGUCCAAAGCCUAAGAUCGAGUGGCUGAAGAAUCAGAUGCUCAUAGGGGAUGAUCCCAAAUACAGGCAGAUCAACAACCAGGGAGUGUGCUCGCUUGAAAUCCGCAAACCAUCCAGCUUUGAUGGUGGCGUCUAUACUUGCAGGGCCAAGAAUGCCCUUGGUGAGGCUACAGUUGCCUGUAGGCUGGAGGUCAAACAGGUGACCAUCCAAGAUGAAAAAGAUAGGAAAUAAGAUGACGUGCACAGUUCUCUUGUUGAGGAGCAGCAGGACACAACACUAUAGAAUAACAAUGAUGUUUACAGUGGUGCAGGAGGAUGAGCUGAUGUGUGCACAAUAAUAGAGGCUCAGACUCGCUUCUGUGAUUAAUAUGUUCAACAAAAUACAAGAAACAUUGGAUAGAUUCCUCUUUUGUUUAAAAGCAAAACCUGUUAGUAAGGGAUAAAACAAGAAUUUUUAGUUUUAUAUUUCUUGCAUGUAUUUCAAGUGUCACUCUAGUUGUCUGUACCCGUUUAUUCCUGAUGAAAUCCCUUGUUGUAAUUGAGAGUGUUUCCAAUAAAACAAUAAACCCA